GCUGGUGCACAGAGGAGAAAUCAUUUCGCAUUUCGCGGCUACAAAAUUAAUAAAUUUUCGCUCUUCUAUUACUUUUCUUAUGUCAAAAAGUUUAACAACAAAACCGUUCUUCGUGUGUCUCUCAUUGUGAUCAAUUGAACAAAGCAAUUAUAUAAUAUUUAAUGUAUUUUUGAAAAUCGGAAAGAUUCUCGUUGGGGGUGAUCGUCAUUUUUGUCGAUAUCGAUAACUGGAAUUAGAUACUGGAAAUAAAAUGAAUAUUAUUUUCCAGUAGCAUUCAAGUUCGAGUAUCGCGCGUCUUCGUCGUCGUUGUUCAAGUUCAUUUCCAUUUCCACAAAUGUUGCGUAGCCGUGCACCCUGGAAUGCCUAUGACUAUUCCUUCCAUCCUUCCACAAAUUCCCAGUCGAGUUGUCAGAAAAAUUUGUGAAUAUUUCGCUGGAAUGGGAAGGGAAUCCGAAUCUAAAAAUUGAAACUGAAUCGGCGGUAGUGCUGCAAUGUCUUGGUCUUCAUCUUCCGUUUUGUUUUUAUCAAUUAAAAUUAAUAAAAACUAAUGUGUAAAUUUAUUGCUUCUGGUGCUGUUUAGUUGUUGAAUAAUUUAAUAAUUUCGUUUGCACUCUACCCAGGUGGUUGCUAAGUUACAAACGAAAAAGUCGACGGCUAAAAAUCAAGACAACCCAAACGAAAAGAAAAAAGAAUUGAAAUUGUGUGAAAGUUCUCUGUUGCUAUUGCUGUUGCUGCUGCAUUCCAUUCAUUGCAUCUAUUUUCGACGAUUUUUUUUGUUGUUUCUUUACUUGUUCUUGUUCAUCUUUGGCCUGGUGGAUUGGAUAUAAUGUGCCUUAUUUGCUUGACCAAAAUAAUAUCAAGUGUUUCCGUCAUCGUCCAAAUAAGAUAAUUUAUAUAAAUAUAGAAAAAGAAAAGUGAAUUAUGUAGAGAACCCCCCCAAACAAAAAAAAAACGAAAAACGAACCAACGACCUCGAAAUGUUUCAUGACCUAUUACUCUAUCAGUGUUCAUCAUCAUCGUCUUGGCUUUAAUCGGAGGAGUCGCUUGUAAACAAAAUUGUGAAUCAAGUUAAUUACCUAGCUCUAGCUGGGCAGGAAGGAAUUCCAUUUCCAUUCCAAGCAUAUCGCGAACGAAUCUAGUGCCUUCGUCUAUUUCUACUUUUAUUUUUUGUUUGAUUUAGUUUUUCGCUUCGCGUUCGAGUUUCGCUUCUUUUUGGUUACAAAACGAAAAGGAUUUAUAUAUUUUAUUGUAUUUGAUUGUUGUUCUUGUUUUGUGUGUAAAAUAUAAAAAGAAAAACAACUUCUGCCAACGCUCCAUCUCCCACACAAAUCCUUAAAAGCUAAAAGCACCUAUACAAAAUGACAACCCGCAAAAAGAAACGUCAACAGGACAGCGGAGGUGGAUUCAUCAAAAAAGUUUCUUCUCUCUUUAAUUUGGAUUCGGCACAUUCGACAUCUUCACAAAAGGUUAAUGGGGAGGAUAGCUGGAUAUAUGAGGACAUUCAACUGGAACGAGGCAAUUCUGGACUUGGUUUUUCAAUUGCUGGUGGAACAGACAAUCCGCACAUCGGCACAGAUACAUCAAUAUACAUAACAAAAUUAAUCCCGGGUGGAGCUGCUGCUGCUGAUGGAAGACUUGGUGUCAAUGAUAUAAUUGUGUCGGUUAACGAUGUCUCUGUUGUCGAUGUGCCGCAUGCAGGUGCCGUUGAUGCCUUGAAAAGGGCUGGUAAUCAUGUAAAAUUGCACGUUAAACGUAAAAGGCCUGCGAAUUCAAGUGCUCUAGCGGGUGACACUUCGACUUUGAGUACUGGCGCUGCUGUGGCUAGCACAGGUCCACAAGUUAUUGAGAUAGAUCUGGUAAAAGGAGGUAAGGGUUUAGGAUUUUCUAUCGCAGGCGGCAUUGGCAAUCAGCAUAUACCAGGCGAUAAUGGUAUAUACGUUACGAAAAUUAUGGAAGGUGGAGCGGCGCAUGUGGAUGGCCGUCUUAACAUUGGCGACAAGUUGAUUGCAGUUCGACACAAUGCGUCAGAGAAAAAUCUGGAGAAUGUUACACACGAACAUGCAGUAGCCACCCUAAAAUCGAUAACUGAUAAAGUGACAUUGGUUGUUGGGAAGACGCAGCAUUUAGUUAGUUCGUCAUUUAAUCAAGUCAAUUCGCAUUCAACAGGUGCGAUCAAUAAUGUCGGACAAAGUGUUGUCGAUUUCGGCCGAUCACCUUCACCUGCCCCAGCAACAUCAAGAUCCCAUUCACCUUUGCCUCAACCUGCAUCAAGGUAUGCAUCAUCGAAUGUUCUUGCUGCUGUACCGCCAGGUACUCCUCGUGCCGUGAGCACAGAAGACAUAACCAGAGAGGCGCGUACAAUAACUAUACAAAAGGGUCCCCAAGGACUGGGCUUUAAUAUUGUUGGAGGCGAAGAUGGGCAAGGAAUUUAUGUGUCAUUCAUUUUGGCUGGUGGGCCAGCUGAUUUGGGUGGUGAAUUGAAGCGAGGAGACCAACUGAUGAGUGUGAAUAAUGUUAAUCUUAAAAAUGCCACACAUGAGGAAGCCGCCCAAGCGCUUAAAAAUUCUGGUGGUGUUGUAACUCUAGUCGCUCAAUAUCGACCAGAGGACUAUAACCGCUUCGAAGCUCGCAUUCACGAACUCAAACAACAAGCUGCUCUCUCAUCUGGUACUGGUACUCUGCUUCGUACGUCACAAAAGCGCUCCCUCUACGUUCGAGCCCUAUUCGACUACGAUCCAAAUCGAGAUGACGGCUUACCAUCACGAGGUCUUCCAUUUAAGCAUGGAGACAUCUUGCACGUUACAAAUGCCUCAGACGAUGAAUGGUGGCAAGCCCGUCGAGUUCUUGGCGAUAGUGAAGAUGAAGUCAUUGGUAUUGUGCCAUCAAAACGUCGAUGGGAACGAAAAAUGCGAGCCAGAGAUCGCAGUGUCAAAUUCCAAGGACACGCAGCUAAUAAUAAUAUGGACAAACAAUCAACUUUGGAUCGAAAAAAGAAGAACUUCACAUUUUCGCGAAGAUUCCCAUUUAUGAAGAGUCGCGAUGAUAAAAACGAAGAUGGCAGCGACCAAGAGCCUAAUGGAGUCGUUAACAGCGAAAACGACAAUGUGAACAAUAAUGACUGCAACGAACAACAACCUUUUAUGCUUUGCUACACACAAGACGAUGCCAAUGCUGAAGGAGGCGAGAUUAUCUACAGAGUGGAGUUGCCUGAUAUGGAGCAGAUAACACUUAUCUACUUGGAGAAUAGUGAUGCUGACUAUCCAUCCGAAGAGAAUGUUCUUUCUUAUGAAGCUGUACAAAGGCUUUCGAUAAACUACACUAGACCAGUCAUUAUAUUGGGUCCACUUAAGGAUCGCAUAAAUGAUGACCUUAUUUCCGAAUAUCCUGAGAAGUUUGGAUCCUGUGUGCCACAUACUACACGACCAAAACGAGAUUAUGAGGUCGAUGGCAGAGACUAUCACUUUGUAUCGUCAAGGGAACAAAUGGAACGUGACAUUCAAAACCACCUAUUCAUUGAGGCUGGUCAGUAUAAUGACAACUUAUAUGGAACAUCAGUGGCCAGUGUGAGGGAUGUGGCUGAGAAGGGCAAACAUUGUAUUCUUGAUGUAUCGGGCAACGCAAUUAAACGAUUACAAGUAGCUCAAUUAUAUCCAGUAGCCGUUUUUAUAAAACCUAAAUCUGUUGAUUCGGUGAUGGAAAUGAAUAGGCGAAUGACUGAGGAACAAGCGAAGAAAACAUAUGAACGAGCCAUUAAGAUGGAACAGGAAUUCGGCGAAUACUUUACAGGGGUUGUUCAAGGCGACACCAUAGAGGAAAUCUAUAGCAAAGUAAAACAAACAAUCUGGGCACAAGCUGGCCCAACUAUAUGGGUACCAUCGAAGGAAUCUCUAUGACCAACAGCCACAACGACAUGGACACUGCCGCCUCGAGUACGUGUUCGACCAGUCUCGAGAAACACAAAUCAGCAUCACUGAUUUGUUUAAAAUUAAUUUUUACAUUAAAAUAACUAAACAAACAAAAAAAAAAAACAAAAAACAAAACAAACAAAAAAACAAAAAAAAACUUUUAUCUUUAUCGUUAUUAAUUAUUAUUAUUAUUAUGAUUGUCUUAUUAUUUAAAAAUAGUAAUUUAACUUUACUAUAGUUUUAUUCUUUACGACCAUAAAAGAGAGAGCGAAACUAGCAAGAUUAUAUACAAAAAAUGCAGAGAGAAAUGUUGUGACAUAAAAACAAACAAACAAACAAGCUAACAAAUAAUGAAGAACACUAAAAUACACACUAAGUUAUAUAAAUAAAUCAAUUAAAUAUAAUAAAACAUUAAAGUGAAUUCGAAUCUUAGUUAUUUAAAUGAUUAAAAGUAAAAAAAAAAGUAUAUGAAUAUAUAUAAAAAAAGAAAAACUAAUCUUUAAAAAAUAAAAUCUGAUUCUAUAUCGUAUUCGUUAUAAAAACUAAAAAAAAAACUUAAAAAAUGUUAAAUAUAUACAUAUAUUUUUUGCAAUAAAAUAGAACAGAAGAAAAUAUUUAAACAAAACAUAAAAGAAGAAAAUACGAAAGAUUAAAUAUUUACAUAAAUAAUAUACUUUUUUGUGGGCUAAGUGACAUUGUAUUUUACCUACUUAAUUAAUUAAAUUAAACAAAAGAACAAAACAAAACUAUUCGUAUCUUCUUUAAGAAUCCCUUCCCCUCCCCCCUUUACCUUACUUACCUUUAAUUCUUUGUUAAAUUCUAUCUCUCUCUCUCUUCUGUUUUUUUUUUUUUGUUUCAACGUUUUUUGUUUUUAAGAAUGCUUUUGCUAAUUUAAUUUGUAAAGUAUAAUUUUAGUUGAAUUAUAAUUCUAUUAUACGAAUAUUUAUUUGUCUAUUAAACUGUAGUAAACAUUUAAAAUAUUGUCUGUAAUGAAUUUUUAUUUUUAUUGUUUUUCUGUUGCGUAGUCAUCGCAAGCACGCGUAUUGUUACUAUAAAAAUGGCAUUGAAGUAGUAGAAAAAUUGAAAAAAUGGUAGUUACUUAUAUUUAUACAUUACAUUUAAAAAAACAAAAUACUGAAACAUGACUUUAUAUAUAUAUAUAUAUAAGUAUAUAUAUAUAGAAAAGAAUAUUGAGGAAUGCCUAUAUACAUAAUAUAUAUAUCUGAUUUACUUAUUGUACUAUAAGAAAACAAUUUAUUAGAAACAGCAAUAACAUAGAAUGCAGGCAGUUAGUGUUUUUAUUUUUAUUUUAAAUUACACACAAAUUCUCAUUGUAUAAAUGGUUCGAGGAUAUUUGAUCUGUUAAAUAGCUGCAUCUAGAUAUAUAUAUAUUUACAGCUUUUUUUCUUAAAUUAGUUUUCAUUUCUUUCAUGAGAAUACAAAAAGAAGUACUAAAACAAUGCAAAAUCGUAUAAUAUCGUCGCAUAUUUGUAGCUAGCAAAAUAAAGAAAAACAAAAACUAUAUUACAUAUAUACAUACAUAUAUAUAAAUAAAUACAAAAAAACACAAACUUAAACAUAUAUAUAUAUACCUACAUAUAUAUAGUAUAAACCUUUAUAAAACAUACGGAAAGUCUAUAAUCCGAUAAGAAACAUCACAGCAGAAAGAACAACAGUAGCUAAGAAACAGAGACAUCACAUUGGCUUAUGAAUAGUUUGUUUCUAAAUUUUCUUCAAUCCUACUAUGAAAAUCGAAGGUCCAGUGAAUAUGGUUGAAAGUAUUCUUACAUAGUCGUUCUUGCUUAGUCGUUAUUUGAAGAAGGAUACGUUAAGUUUGUGAAUUGUUUAAAAUGCGCUUUGAUCAGUUGAAUACGAUGUUAAAGAAGAUAAGUAAAAAUAGUACCGUUCUAAAAGAUUAAGACUUGAAUGAAUCAAUCUACAAGAUCAAAUCAACUCUAUCACGAAUUCGAUAGUACUCGGAAAUAUUUACGAAAAAAAAGGCACCACUGAAUCCAUUCAUAAUGCAAAAUUGUAUGAAAUUUUCCACAACAAUAGGAUUGAAAUUAGGUGGCCCAACAGUCCGUUGAAAACUAAGGCCUAGUGACUUUUGAACGGAUUUAAUGUUUAUUUUUUUCGGAAUUCGCAAAAGUUCCCAAUUAAGAUAAGGUUCGUGAUAGGGCUGAAAAGCUCAGACUUGUGGCUGCUGAUACAGAAGGAUUGUCAAAAAAUAAAAUGAAGUACUGAUGCAUUCAUCUUAAAAUAGAUUUGAGGAGAUCUUCUCGCCAAUUCACCAACUUCCAGGAUUCAGUCUAUGAAAAACUUCGAUCUCAAUCAACAGUAUUAUUAUAGCAGGGAAUUGACAUCAACAGCUAGGCUCUAGGAAUCAAUCGAAUUUGAAGAACCAGUACAUUUGCCUUCAAUGCUCAACAUUUCGAUUGAUUUUAAAAAUGUACGCAAAUCAUUCAAAUUAAAUCGAUAGGAGCUUGCAUCAGUCUUUAAAAGACAAAAAACGCUUCAAGUUAAAUGUGUUUACUAUUUUUCGAUUUAACUUCGGGUGAAAAGUGAAAUGCAGAACCAAGCUGUUAGAGGCAUCUGCGAGUUCAUUAUACGAUAAGUCAAUUGCGCAAUGAGGAUGCAGGCGGUAUUAAUAUCCUUCAUUCGUUAGCUCCCAGAGUUAGAUUUCCCAUGGAACUUUUCUUAUAUUCAAGACUUAUGAACGUGAAUUAUGUUGAAAGUAUCUCUUGAAACUUAUUAAAAAGCUGUUCUCUGGAGUAAAUUAUGGACAUUUCAAACUUUGUCGAUGGUAAGGAUUCCGUGAGAUUUUCUGAAGAACAGUAUUAUAGUUAUUUCUGGAAAACAGCAGAUGAAACAAUUCCUUCAUUUCCCUAGCGUUAGCAGUUAGCACUGAGCGAAGUUAACAACUCCAACAAGAUAUAUGGAUAUCAGAAUGUUUAUUUUUGAAUGUCAAGUUCAAGAAACCAUCGACUUAUUUGGACCAAACUUUCCGAUGGUUUAAACAAAGAAAGAAACAUAUUCACUGGCCUUAAUUUUGGUACCUUUGCAUUAGGUAAAAAUUAAAAUUAUGUACAGAUAUAAUCAGAAUUGCACAAAAGUCGUGUGUGUUUCAAAAUGUGCCUUUUUUCAGUUUAUCGUUGUGUAUUGUAUUCAUGUAUGAUAAAACAAAUGUUACUGCCGCCCUUCUUCAAAUACAUAAAAUGAUUACAUUUAAAACAAAUGAAAUAACAAUGUUUAAAUUGUAUUUAUACGCUUUACGAUUAAAAAUAAAUAACAAAACAACUCACGCAGCUCCCCCAAUUUCCUCUCUUCUAUAUUUUUGUUGUUUUAUGAUUGUUUUCUUCUUCUAAUUAUGUAUUAUAAUUUUGAAUAUUAAAUUUUUGUUUUUAUUUUAGCUAUUGUUGUUUCUUGUCGAUUUUCACUCUUCAUUGAAAAUUAUAUUGUUUAUAAAAAUAACAAAAUACAAAAACAAAACAAAAACUAUAUAAAAAUCGUUUUGCAAUCAUAAUUAAAAAAAUAUAUAUAUUGUAUUUUACGGUGUUCCACGAUCGAAUUCCUGUAAUUUAAAACAAAAAAUCAAAUGCAAGUAACUAAAAGAAAUUUAAACAAACCUAACAUAAUAUUAUAAGUUGUGUCUUAGAAUGAAGAUGAUUAUAUUUAAAAGAAAACAAAGGGUUAUAAAUUUAUUUUUUUUUAAAUGUUAAAAAAUGAAAUACGAAAGUUUCGAAAAAAUAUAUUAUAUUGUAAUUGUUCAUUCAUUUAA